GAUACCAUUGUGAUAAUCAGGUUCGCGGUGUUUAUCCUAGAACAGAUAGGAGCAAGGUGACCCAUUUUAUCCCCAGCACGACUAUGAUGAAGACCAAACAAAACAGUGAAAUGUCGAGUAAACCAGAUUUGAGACAACUUCCAGGGUGGAUACUAGGCUGGAUGUACACCAAUGCCAUAAUUUGUACGUGGGAUGCAAGCUUCAUUAUGUCCCGUCCCCACUCCCUGCCCGGGGGAUCGUAUUCAUGGAUUUGGUAUUUGUAUAAGUAUUAUGUCAACAUUGAUAAAAGAUAUUUAGACACCAGUGAUCCUUUUGUGAAAGCGAUUAGUCUUCAAAACUAUGUUGAAGUCAUCCUGAGCAUAGUGACUAUAAUAUUGCAUUACCGGUCAAGUCGCCACACUCGAUUAAUGGCCUACAAUGUCAAUAUCAUGACGAUGUGGAAAACUGUGACGUACUUCCUGAUGUUUACGGAUCUCUGCGGAGCGCGGCAUUGGAUUGGAUCGGAUUCUGCUGUAACUUUAACAUUUCUGUUCUAUAUUCCAAACGGGGUGUGGGUGGGAGUCCCUCUCGUAGCAAUGUACCAGCUGUGGCCAUCUCUUAUUCCAAGUCAAGAUAACACACGGAUAAAGAAGAAAAGAUUGUAAGAAAUUACAGCAUUGCUGAAGUGAAGGAAAAGCGUAUUCGUCAUUGAUAAUGACACUGGAUAUAAAAGUGCAUUAUGAAAUUCAGUCCCUUUAUGAAAUGUAUUAUAUAUGUACAUUGUUGAAGGACUUUGUCUUGGAAGGCUGUUUUAUAAUUUGUAAGAUUGUAAGGCAAUUGAUACUUUAUCGAUCGAUCGAGUGAUUUACUGUAGUAAGUUCUAUGUCAGAUUUGUUUUUCAAAAUUAUUGCAAAGGAAAAGUAAAGAAGAUCACCACAUAGUGGAGGGUUGAUUUAGAACAUAGCAUAAUUCAAAUGACAUUCUCAUUACUGUGACCUUGAACUCAAUAAGUAUAUUCUCUCUGUAGCGAGAACGAAAAGGAAAGAUCAUAUGAAAUCCUUUCGAUUGCUGACUACUAAAUUGACUCGUGACCUUUUAACACAAAAGUCAAUAAACAUAUUCCACUUCACAAAAACCAUAUAUGCAGAAAGAACACAUUAUAUCGCUUGGGUUCGAAUUUACUAUUAAAGAGUACUCUUUAAUUAGUAACCCAAGCGAUAUAAUUGCCUGUGAGCAAGAAGACGGAAUGGAGUCCGUAUUAUGGUAUCCCUAACAUGCAAUGAUGACUCCAAAGACAACCGUUCUCAUUCUUUAAAAAUUCCAAGAACUUUCAGUAAAUUUGAAAUUACAAAGUUUUUCCGAAAUCAACAGUAUGAAGAUGCAUGACUUUUCAACACUUCACACCACCAUUUCUCACAAUAAAGUAUAUACUAGGAUUUUGAGAUCAUAUUCUGUAAUAAAAAUGAAGCUCGGGAAAUAUUCAUUCCAUGUAAUCAAUCACCCCAAAAGUUAGUUCGUGAAAUACCACCCUGAUUCUAAAUCUCUGAAUUUGAAUUCAAGAAGAAACUGGCGUUUCUUAUUGACAAUAUAUAUAUAGUCUGUACGAUUAGGUCUUCCAACAGUCUGACGGAAUUCCAAUGAGCACGAAUUGUGCUCCUUUAUUACAUGUAGCUGACUUGUUUUUGUAUUCUUUUGAGGCAAAGUUGAAAAGCUUCUAGGUUGUUUGUUGUGCCUUUAAAUUGAUAUUUAGAUUCAUCGACGACGUUUUAUCGAUUAAAAUACCAACUUUUAUUCGGAUGUUGAUUCCAUAUAUUCCAGUAAAUAUGAAACAUAUAAUAAAAGACGUUACAGAG